CUUUCCUUUUCUCCCGCAUCUCCCUGGCUGUCCCUGGCCAUCAGCAGCGACGCUUUGGGCACUCUGUCGAUCUCCAGCAUACCCGCACACCUGCACCUGCACGCACCUGCCCCUUGAUCCUUCAACCUGCAUUUCGUCACAACUCCUCGAGCGAGGGCAUCGGCAAUGGCACAUGCCAGCGUCGAGUACAGCCAGCUGCCCGCUGCCAGCGCUGCCCCUCAGCGCUCGAUCUCGACCCGAGAUCUAAUUCUGCUGACCCUGGGCUUCAUCGGCAUCAACUUUGCGUGGGCAGUCGAGCUGGGCUUUGGGACCCCAUAUCUCCUGUCGCUCGGACUCUCAAAGCCCCUCAUAGCGCUUGUCUGGCUUGCCGGCCCCCUUUCAGGUCUCGUCGUCCAGCCCAUCGUCGGUGCCUACAGCGACAGCUUGACCAGCCGACUGGGUCGUCGCCGACCAUUUAUUGUUGCCGGAGGACUCUUGGUAGUACUGUCGAUCGUCUUGAUUGCAUAUGCCAAGGAGAUUGUUUUUCUUUUUUACGACUCUGACAAGGCCAGCUCGGGACCGAUUCUCGUGGCUGUCUUUGCCUUCUAUCUGCUGGACUUUUCCAUCAAUGCCGUCAUGGCCGCCUGUCGCAUGCUUGUCGUCGACUUGGUUCCCUUCGACCAGCAGCAAUUGGCCAACGCUUGGGCUGGUCGGAUGAACGGAGUCGGUCACUCCACAGGCUACCUGAUGGGCUAUCUCGACCUCGUCUCGCUAUUUCCGUUCCUGGGCGAUACGCAACUGAAGGUUCUCUGUGUCCUGGCGAUUGCUGUCUUUGUGGGCACGCUGCUGGUCACUUGUCUGGUCGCCCAUGAAGUUCCGCUGUCGAUUCCGCCGAAAAAGGCGGUUUGGUAUAAGCCGCUGCUGGACAUUGUCAAAGCCUUCCGGACGCUGCCGCGGCCGAUCCAGGAGGUCUGCAACGUCCAACUCUUUGCCUGGACAGCCUGGUUCCCGUUUCUGUUCUACAGCACCGCAUGGAUCGCCUCCAAGGCCGAUCCAUCGACGCUCACUUCCGAAGGAGAGUCGCGAUAUGGGCCGCUGGCGCUGCUGCUCAACUCGCUCAUUUCCAUCGCCACCGUCUUGGUCCUCCCGGGGUUGACCGUUCGCAAGUCGAACUCUGCCGGAUCGGGCUUGCGCAAUAGCCCCGACUGGGCGCCAUAUCUCACCUUGCCCAGGGUCUGGGCCUACACCCUGGUGCUCUUUGCGCUGCUCAUGAUCACGACGAUAUCCGUCACGACUGCGCCCUGGGCUGUGGCUAUCGUCGCUGCUGUCGGAAUUCCGUGGGGUGCGACGCAGUGGAUCCCCUUUACGCUCAUAGCCGAGUCCACCAUCGCCUGCGCCGAAGAAGCUCGGGAUCCUGCCUCGCUGGGAUCCACCACGGACGGUGGUCUCGAGGACGACUCGCUGCUGCGAUUCUCUCGCGCAGACAGCAUCGAGGAGGCCGUCCCACGGGCCCCGGCCGCCUCGCAACUCGACUCGGGCAUCGUCCUGGGCAUCCACAAUAUGUACAUUGUGAUUCCGCAGUUCAUCAGCAUCCUGCUGUCGAGCAUCAUCUUUGCCAUCAUCGGCCGCUUCGACGGCGGCGGUGCCGACGCGGAUGCCUUCGGGUGGGUCCUGCGAAUGUCCUCGCUCUGGCUUGCCAUCGCAGCCGCCAAGGCCUUCUCGAUGACCGAAAUCAGCCACAAGAGCAGCCACUGAAGGACUGCCCUUUGCCAGGGACCACAGCCCCCUGCGUGCGCAGGCAGGAAUUGCUCCCACGGCCCAACAGACGACCCAUGCGCUCCCCGAUUUGUCCGGCUGCUCGCACAAUCUGCUCGGCUGUGCCUUGCUCCUGGCCAUGGGGUCCACGGGCCGAAAAAAAUAUAUGUCGUCUGGUCGCCCAGUCCUCGAUCCCCCAUCAC